CAACUCAUUUUUUGUUUUUAAAGCUAAGGUCCCAUGCAUCCCAGGCUGGCCUUGAACUUGCUAUGUAUCUGGGGAUGACCUUGAAUUUCUGAUCCUCCUGAGUACUGAGAUUACAGGCACAUUCCACCACAACUGGUUUAUGAAGGGCUGGGGAUCAGUCCCAGGGCUUCAUACAUACUGGGCAUCACUUGCCAACUGAAUAGACUGUCCCAAGUCCCAGAGUUGAGUUUCUAAAGAGCAAAAGUACUUGUCCACUUUGCUGGAACUCCCCAGUGAUACUCAUAAACUCCAGAUGAGGUUCUCAGUUGUUUCCCCGGUCCUAGAAUUUUGUAGCAUGCCAGCACAUGACAGUCUCCAGUGUGCCUGUGUUGCUCUGAAUGUUUCUGGGAACUUAAUGCUUCCUGACUCCCUCAGUUACCAUCCAGCUUAUGGUCAGCAACUGCAGGGUUUUUGUUUUCCUGGUGGACGUGGCAAAGCUGGCCCACAGCAGGUACCUGCAAAUGUUGCUGGAGACAGUCAUCAAGGCAUAGGUGGCCAGCUCUGGAGCUAGGGGUAGGAGGCUAUGCAAGUCAGUGGUGAUCUGAGGGGCCUGUUGCCUCUGAUGGGAAGAAUGAAUUGCCUUUAACUCUUGCCCUUGACCCUUGCUCAGCCACAUUUAGGGGUGAUCUGGGCUCCCACCUGUAUGGGGGAGGUCUGUGAAUUACAAAAAAAAAAAAAAAAAAAAAAAAAGCUGGAAUCAGGGCAGAGAAUGAUCAAAGAGUGAGGUUCAGAUGGGAUUGGUAGGGGUCACCUCUAGAAGAAUAUUCACAUGGUAGUGGGAAGUUCAAGAAUGUAUCAAGUGCCAUGCAGCAUUUGGAGAGAGCUCAGCCUAAGGAUCUGAUCACCAUGUCAACUACAUUCUUUCAUAGGAGCCUCCUUUCCCCACAGCCCUAGGGUGCAGGAGCUACAGACUGCUCCAUCUCCAUGUAGAAGUUUUCUUUGGCUGGUCUUGGACUGUGGGGAAUUGACCUAGGGACUGAGUCACUACUAUUAAUUCCAGCUUGGUGGCCCCGUCUCUAGAGUGUGGAUGAAACAAAGGGAACUGCCUAGGGUUUGGGCUCUCCAGGGCUGCCAUUGGUGCACUGCCCCCUCCCUAUGCUGCAUACCUUGCCCACAGCUGAGCAGCUGGGAGGCUAUUUAUAAAGGCGGUGAGAUCAGCGGCAGAGGCUAUAAAUGCACUGGACACGGCUGAGCCCCACAGGAACAGUGGUCCAGUGCACCAGAGCUUUGGGCUGCGACACCAGGAUGAGUGCCAGUGCUGGUGGUAGUGGUGGUGUGGACUGUGGUGGCAGCAGCAGCAGCUCUCAGACUUCCUGUGGGCCUGAGUCCUCAGGCUCUGAAUUAGCUCCAGUCACACCAGCACCUCGGUUGCUGCAGGGGCUCCUGGGUUCUGAUGAUGAGGAGCAGGAAGACCCCAAGGAUUAUUGCAAGGGUGGUUACUACCCAGUGAAGAUAGGUGAUUUGUUCAAUGGGCGGUACCAUGUGGUGCGCAAGCUAGGCUGGGGCCACUUCUCUACAGUCUGGCUCUGCUGGGAUAUUCAGCGCAAGCGCUUCGUGGCCCUGAAAGUAGUGAAGAGCGCAGGGCAUUACACAGAGACAGCUGUGGAUGAGAUCAAGCUCCUGAAAUGUGUCCGGGACAGUGAUCCUAGUGACCCCAAAAGAGAGACCAUUGUUCAGCUCAUUGAUGACUUCAGGAUCUCAGGAGUUAAUGGAGUCCGUGCUCCUCCAUGGUGGAGGGUAGGUAAGCCUGUGCCUUUGCUGUGUUGCUGGCUGCCCUUCACUCCAAGUCCAGAUGUGUGCAUGGUGCUAGAGGUCCUGGGCCACCAGCUCCUCAAAUGGAUCAUCAAGUCCAACUACCAGGGUCUGCCUGUGCCCUGUGUUAAGAGCAUUGUUAGGCAGGUGCUACAUGGUCUGGAUUACCUCCAUACUAAGUGCAAGAUCAUCCACACGGACAUCAAGCCUGAGAACAUCCUUCUGUGUGUUGGAGAUGCCUAUAUUAGGCGCCUGGCUGCUGAAGCCACAGAGUGGCAGCAGUCAGGGGCCCAGCCCCCAUCCCGCUCCACAGGUACCAAGAGCAUGUGCGGGGAUUGGCACCAGGACUCUGGGCCUCAAUCCCUGCCUGAAUUACUACUUUUUUUCUCCCCAACCCCUACCCCAGUUAGCACCGCCCCCCAGGAGGUCUUGACUGGUAAGCUGUCCAAAAACAAGAGGAAGAAGAUGAGGCGCAAAAGGAAGCAACAGAAGUGGCUGCUGGAGGAACGGCUGCGGGACUUGCAGAGGCUGGAGGCCAUGGAAGAUGCAGUACAGGCUGAUGACUCUGGCUCAAGAUUAGAGCAGGGCAGCGGCUCCACCUCUUCUUCAGGCUGCCACCCAGAGGGCACCAGGGCUGGCCCCUCUCCAGCCUCUUCUUCCCCUGUGCCUGGGGGUGACCGCAGCCUUAGUCCCAGCUCACAGACCUCAGGUUUCUCAGGGUCUCUGUUCUCCACGGCUUCCUGCUCCAUCCUCUCAGGGUCAUCUAAUCAGCGUGAGACUGGAGGUCUCCUGUCUCCUAGCACACCAUUUGGUGCUUCCAACCUCCUGGUGAACCCCCUGGAGCCCCAAAAUGCAGACAAGAUCAAGAUCAAGAUUGCAGACCUGGGCAAUGCCUGCUGGGUGCACAAACACUUCACCGAGGACAUUCAGACUCGGCAGUACAGGGCCGUGGAGGUGCUGAUUGGUGCUGAGUAUGGCCCCCCAGCUGACAUCUGGAGCACAGCAUGCAUGGCCUUUGAGCUGGCCACUGGUGACUACCUGUUUGAGCCUCACUCUGGAGAAGACUACAGUCGUGAUGAAGACCACAUUGCUCAUAUCGUGGAGCUUCUGGGAGAUAUCCCCCCAGCUUUUGCCCUCUCAGGCCGCUAUUCACGGGAGUUCUUCAACCGCAGGGGACAGCUGCGCCACAUCCAUAACCUCAAGCAUUGGGGCCUAUAUGAGGUGCUCAUGGAGAAGUACGAGUGGCCCCUGGAGCAAGCCACACAGUUCAGCGCCUUCCUGUUGCCCAUGAUGGAGUACAUCCCUGAGAAGAGGGCCAGUGCUGCCGACUGCCUCCAGCACCCCUGGCUUAAUCCCUAGAUCUUGCUGGAGCUGUGGACAGCAGGGGCUGUGCUGGCUUUGCCCCAGCUCACAGUGCCUUGAGGCAAAGCAGGCAACUUCUACCACCCUGUGGGAACUGCUCUCCCACCCUACUGGGUGCUAUUGUGUUCACCCCCUCCCCAUGGCAGGAUAGAAAUGCUGAGGCAAAGCCCACAUCUCAGCCUGUCUACUUCUGAUCCUCCUAGAGGGUUCUGAGUGGGAAAGAGUGCCUGUUUCUUUCUUAAUAAAGUGGGAACUGAAA